AUGACGCUGAUUCACGGAUACGAAGGUCGUCUGCACGACAGUUAUGUCGGUAAGGAUAGUUGGGGCUGUUGUAUUUUCUUGGACUUCGACGUAAGUUUCAUGACCGAUUAAUAUGCGUGAUUAAUUAAGUCACGAGGUUUGAUUCUGAUGUGAUUUAUUCACUGUGGCGGAAUCGAACUGUUAGAAAAUAACUGUCGAGACGUGUCGAGUGAGUGCUUUGUUCAAGCUUGCUCAUUGAACCCGACUUUCCCUAUCAGGUAAGUCAGGCACGCCCUCCAAGGAGACCUUGAUCGUAACUGCAAGCCUAAUGAAGUUACCUAAAUUACGGUACAAUUUAUGGUGGGUGCUGUAUAUCACUGUUUGUACCUAGGUGAUGGUUGCGAGCAUUUUGUUUCGAUUAAAAGUUGUCCUUCUAGUAGAUUAUUAACAAGGUUAUUAUCCGCUUCUAAAUCUAACUAUCGUUUUAUCGCGCGGAUAUUUUCUGAUAUCAAUUGUAAUAUAAUAUAAAUUGAUAAUUUUACAAAUUUUACAAAUUGCAAUAUUUACAAACAUAAAUUCGAAAAAAAGUAUUUUCUUAAAGACUCGUGUCAUAACGAUGCACAUUCGUGCAUAUAAAUUUAUAUAACUGUUGGUGUUGCAGGCAUUAGGGACUCGGUGACAAUGUGAUUCGCCAAAAUUGCAUCGCACGGAUGAACGUGAAACAGAAAGAAAGUUGGCCAGCCGUUGUUAAACGCAAUUUGGUUAUUAAAGCGGAAUUCGCGUGAGAAAGCACAAAGCCCGAACCGUCGAAAGCUGGUAACGAAGUUGGUAAGUACGGGCACCAAGUACGCCGAAUUCGCAAUAACGCGCGGCGAGGAAAAGCGAGAUCAACCGCGAAAACUCCGCCUUUUCUGCGUUCUCCGGCGGAAAAAUCCAUUGGAAGGUUGUUGCACGACGGAAAUUUCGCGCGGAACAACACCGUGAUCGUAGUGUUCGAUGAAUUUUUCAACGAUCGUCGCCCAAAGACGACCAAAACGCUUCCUGCAGACGUUAAGCCGUUUCCACACUUGAGAAAUGAACAAGAGUUACAUAAUAUUUCUACACUUGUAAAGAACUUUUAUACUCACACGUGUCACACGUGUUGCAUAAAAUUUCGUAAUUUCAUUGUUAAUAAUUGCAAUUAACGUGACUAUGUUAAAAUGGCACGAUAUGGUCAUAAAUAUUUCCAACUGUAUGACGAUAACUGAAAUUUUCAAUGACCACGUGUAUGUACGUGCAGAUACAUAAUUUUAUAUUUUUAUAGGCAAGAUUUAAAAGAAUGGAAUCUUUAAACAACAAUAUGGAAUAUUUUACAACUCUAUAGUGAUACAAUUAUUACACUGAAUAUUUUGUAUAUUUUUCCACAUUGCGUGUGGUCUAUGCACGUUCAAUAUCUCUCUUAACCGAGGGUUUUACAUUUGUAAAAUUUUUUAUUAAAUUUGAUUACAAGGUACUCUUGAAAAAUAUUUAUAUCGAAAAUAUUGAUUAUCUUAUUUCAGACAAUAGAUCUUUUCAAACCUUCACCGACUUGAACAUUACGAUCACAUUGAAAUUAAAAUAAUAAUUUGAACACUCGUGUGUUGAUGACAACCAGGCAAACAAGUUGUUAAAUUUCAUUUCAUACGACAUGCAAGAUCAAAUUCACAUGACCAAAACUGCCUUUUCAUUCAAUAUAUACGUUUCUCCUGUCAUCUUGAACAUUUCGAGUUCCAACACUUAAUAAACCGGACAAUUCAUGCCCGUGUUCACUUAUAUUCGUUCGUUACGUGUAAACCAGGCAUAAGGCACGUUUUAAAAGGCGCGAGACGCGCGACCGACUGAAUUUCCAGCGAUUUUCCCCGACAGAUAAUUUGCAUAUCGAAGGUGAAUCGUCGCGGGAAAUCGCUCGCUACAGGCCAUUCUCUUUCGUUCUCUUUGGCAGUUCCACGGUAGUUCCAAAAUUUAUAUUUAUAUACGUAAUUUUUAUUUGUAUUUUAUUCGGCACGGAAUCAGUAAAAGUGACUUCCCUCGAAAUUAUAACGAAAUAUAUACCAAACGGAUACGAAAGUUUAUACUUUAUUUUAUAGUUUAUAAUAAUAAGUUUAUAUUAUAUGGUAUAUAAUAAGUUUUAGUACUAUAGGAAAAAUAUAAACUUAUUAUUAUACUUAUAUUAUAGUAAAUUAUAUAUUUCUGUGUGUUUUUGCAUUUCCAAACGGAUACGAAAGUUUAUACUUUAUUUUAUAGUUUAUAAUAAUAAGUUUAUAUUAUAUAGUAUAUAA